UUUAAUGUGAUAUGAGGAGAAACAUUGGAGAAGCUGAGUUGUAAAGUGUGUAAAUUCUGCAGCAAAGGAACUUUUGGAGAUCCUUUGGAGAGCAAAGGAACUUUUGGAUAUUGGCUACAGAAAAUGGACAACCUGAAGUUUGAUAUUGGCGAUUUUGACUUUGGUGAUAUAUUUGAAGAUUAUACAAUUUCCUAUGAUUACAUUAUUGACCCAGACACGUCACCCUGUACUUCUGUCGUGAACGAGUCAAUCAACACGAUUCUGGCUGUUAUCUAUAGUCUAGUGUGCUUCCUCGCUGUGACAGGGAAUAUUAUCGUAAUGACUGUCCUACUUUAUAAUCGACGGACCAUCUCAUCCACAGACAUCUACCUGCUUCAUCUGGCAGUGGCUGACCUGCUCUUUGCCGUGACCUUGCCUUUUUGGGCAGUGGAUGCUGUAUCCGGCUGGGUGUUUGGUGAUGCCAUGUGUAAAAUUAUCAGCAUGUUACAGGAAGUUAACUUCUACAGUGGCUUUUUGUUUCUGGCUUGUAUCAGUAUUGAUCACUAUUUGGCAACUAUCUACUCCAAACAGACGUACAGAUGCAACAGACCAUUUCUGGCCUGUAUUGCUGUUUGGUUGCUGGCCAUUCUUCUGUCUUUACCAGUUCGACACAAGGGAGAAUAUACUCUACCUAAUUCCAACAGAAAGGUUUGUUAUUUACUCGAUGGUAAAUUGACAGAAACAUGGAAAAUGAAUAUCAGGUUUUUGCAUCAUUUUAUCAACUUUCUCAUCGCACUUGUUGUCAUAAUUUUCUGUUUCGCUGUGACAAUCCUGAAACUGUAUCAAACAAAGAGACGCCAGAAACACAAAGUCAUGGACGUCAUCACAGUGGUGGUGCUGGCCUUUGUAAUUUGUUGGCUACCGUACAACAUUACUAUGUUCAUUGACAUACUGAUGAAGACCAAAUUUAUUGAUGAAACCUGUGAGAAGCGUAAUCAUAUUGAUAGGGCUCUGGUUGGAAAUCAAAGUUUAGGAUUUCUGCACAGCUGUGUUAAUCCAUUUAUAUAUGUAUUCCUCUGGGUGAAAUUCAGAAAGAACCUUAUCAAUCUCUUAGCUAUGAAGUGAACUGUAUAAUUCAUUGAAGAGUCAGUCUUCUGCUUGUCCACUUCAACUAAUCAGUAAACUGACAACUGAGCUAUUUAAAAAUUAAAUGUUUGAAUAAAAGUGCU